UUGCUUCUACCAAGCAAGCUUCCUGAUCAUUUUGAUGGUCAUCACGUGAAAGCUUUGCUUAGCUCGGGAUUGAUCCCUGUCGGGCCGCGAAGCUCAAAGACACGGUUACAGCAGCGGACAGAUAUACUGAUGAUUUCAACCUCAUUCGCGACAACUUCUUCGUCCGCGACAACUUCGUCUGCGACACCUUUCUAAUCAAUCGAUUAGUUGAUCACUCGAUCAGCCGAUCAACCAGCAAAAUGGCGACAGAAUCGCUGGCAGAACCCUUCUUCAAGGGCAGCACCGGGAGAAAUACGAGAGGCCUUCUGCGAUUGAUAAUUCUAUGCUUAAUAGCAGCAGCAGCAUUAUCGUCUCGAUUGUUCUCUGUGAUUAGAUUCGAGAGUAUUAUUCACGAAUUUGAUCCAUGGUUCAACUUUCGAGCGACGAAAUACCUUGUACAGCAUGGCUUCUAUGAUUUCUGGGAUUGGUUUGAUGACCGAACAUGGCAUCCUCUCGGUCGUGUUACUGGAGGUACACUCUACCCAGGUCUUAUGGUGACCAGUGGUGCGAUUUACCAUGCUCUUCGAGCUCUUACAAUACCGGUCGAUAUUCGAAAUAUCUGUGUGCUUCUUGCACCAGGUUUCGCUGGCCUCACUGCAUACGCAACAUAUCUUUUCACCAACGAGAUGUCGACAUCUCCUUCUGCUGGUCUUCUUGCAGCAGCUUUCAUGGGUAUUGCCCCAGGUUAUAUUUCGAGAUCAGUUGCUGGCAGCUACGAUAACGAGGCAAUUGCCAUUUUCCUAUUGGUCUUUACUUUCUUCCUCUGGAUCAAAGCACUCAAGGUCGGCUCCAUCUUCUGGGGUGCCUGGUGUGCUCUAUUCUACGGAUACAUGGUUUCUGCAUGGGGAGGAUAUGUCUUCAUCACCAACUUGAUUCCGCUGCACGUUUUCGUGCUUGUCUGCAUCGGACGUUUCAGCUCCAGAGUUUACGUCAGCUACUGCACAUGGUAUGCUCUGGGAACGUUGGCCAGCAUGCAAAUUCCAUUCGUGGGUUUCUUGCCCAUUCGUAGUAGUGAGCAUAUGUCUGCUCUCGGCGUUUUCGGACUCCUCCAAUUGGUCGGAUUUGUCGAGUUCGUCCGAUCAGGUGUCCCAAGCAAGCAAUUCACGACUCUACUUCGUGGCUUUGUGCUCGUGGUUUUCGCCGUUGCUUUCGGAGGUCUGGUCCUCUUGACGGUGUCAGGUGUUAUUGCACCAUGGACUGGCCGAUUUUACUCUCUCUGGGAUACUGGAUACGCCAAGAUUCACAUCCCAAUCAUUGCCUCCGUGUCCGAACAUCAACCGACGGCUUGGCCUGCGUUCUUUUUCGACUUAAAUAUGCUUAUCUGGCUUUUCCCAGCAGGUGUUUACCUUUGCUUCCAAAAGCUUGCGGAUGAGCAAGUAUUCGUUGUCGUUUACGCGAUCCUUGCUAGUUACUUCUCCGGUGUCAUGGUUCGAUUGAUGCUUACUCUCACACCAAUUGUUUGUGUUGCCGCAGCUUUAGCUUUGUCCAACCUACUCGACACGUAUCUUACCAUCAAGUCACCCGCUGAACCAACUGAUUCCCAAAUCGAUGCAGCCAACGGUGCACCUGCUUCAAGCAAGAAAGCUGCUAAGCAAGAUGGUCUCAGAUCCCUCAGCAAACCACUUGUUGGAAUCUACACCACUUUCUCCAAGACCUCAGUUGUCAGUGCUCUAACUGCAUAUCUCCUGAUAUUUGUGCUUCACUGCACGUGGGUCACUUCCAAUGCUUACUCUUCUCCAUCGGUCGUCUUGGCAAGCAGAAUGCCUGAUGGAAGUCAACACAUCAUUGAUGACUACAGAGAGGCUUACCAAUGGCUCCGACAAAACACAGCCGAGGACGCCAAGAUUAUGUCGUGGUGGGAUUAUGGCUACCAAAUUGGUGGAAUGGCUGAUAGGCCAACCCUCGUAGACAACAACACCUGGAACAACACCCACAUUGCCACAGUCGGAAAGGCUAUGAGCUCUCGCGAAGAAGUCAGCUACCCAAUUAUGCGUCAGCACGAAGUCGACUACGUUCUUGUUGUCUUUGGUGGUCUUCUAGGAUAUUCUGGAGAUGAUAUCAACAAGUUCUUGUGGAUGGUGAGAAUCGCUGAAGGUAUCUGGCCUGAUGAGGUUAAGGAGCGUGACUUCUUCACCGAUAGAGGAGAGUACAGAGUCGAUGAGGGUGCCACUGAGACCAUGAAGAACAGCUUGAUGUACAAGAUGUCCUACUACAAUUACAACUCCCUCUUUCCACCUGGACAGGCACAAGACCGUGUCCGUGGUGUCAGAAUGCCAGACGUCGGUCCAACGUUGAAUACUGUUGAAGAGGCAUUCACGAGCGAGAACUGGAUCAUCAGAAUCUACAAGGUCAAGGACCUUGACAACGUAGGAAGAGACCAUGCGGCGGCGGCAUCAUUCGAUAGAGGAAACAAGAAGAAGAAGGUGACGAAGAGAAGAGGACCAAAAGUUCUGAGAGUUGAAUAAACAGGGAAAGGAAAAGGGAAGGCUGUUUUUGUACCAUAUCUCGCAUGUUUGUACUGGGAAGGCUUAAAAGUCCAGCGAGUUUGUAGAAAUAUACUCGUUCUCUUGUGGCCUCGAGUGAGUUGUUGAUAUGCACUGUAGUGAGACUGUCGUUCGGCCUUUAGUGUCGUAGUCGCUGAAUCUGU